UUUUCUAAAACAUUUUAAGGCAAAAAAGUGAUUAAAAAUGAUUUUCCAGGAGAGUGUAAUUUUCAAAAUGACGAAUGUGGUGUGCGGCAGCUACAAUAAGUCUUGGGUGCGGAUCAAUCAAUGCCGAUUGAAGGCUGUGGGUCGCAACAAGAUAUUUUUCAACUUCAAUGCUACCUUUAUACAUCCAACCAACGAUAUCGUGGUGAGGUAUCAACUUUUUAAGAGGGAAAAUGGCUAUAAGCCUUUCCUUCUGAAGGUGGAAAUCGAUUGUUGUCGGUUCUUAAGUAAACCCUACGAUGUCAUCGGCGUUAUGGUGUACAGAUUUUACAGGGACUUUUCUAACGUCAACCACUCUUGCCCGCUGUAUGGUGAUAUUAUCUUAAAGAACAUGUAUCUGAAAAUAGAAGAACUAAGACGACUUCCCUGGCCCACUGGCGAUUAUUUAAUGGCCAUGACUUGGAGUUUCUUUAGAAGACCACAAUUUGCCACCAAUGUAAGCUUUCAAUAUGUCGAGGAUCUGCUUUAG